AUGGCAGUCGUCUGUUCUGCAAACACGGGUGAUGACGAGACUGGUGCACUUCAUCGAGUAGGAGAGGGCCGAGAUCGUGGCUUACAGGUGCACGGUGUCGUGGUGGAUCCCAAUUGCAUCGUGUAUAAGUGGUCAGAGUUGGGCCAAGUGCUGUGGUCGUGUCCAGAAUUGAUCGAGUGGUUCUAUCAUUACCAUUUGUAUCAAGAUGGUCCUCCAGGUCAUCACACAGAGAAUGGUCAAGAUUGGGACAAAUGUAUGGAGCACGAGGGGAACUAUGACGAACCAUCAAAUUUUGUCGUCCACGAGACGUAUUUGAGGAGAGGUGCGGACGCCUUUCAAGAAUUGGGACGAAGAAUCGGAGGACAACGACGAGAACGAGUGGAAGAUUACGAUGAGGAAAACGAAGACGAAGACAAGUACGCGGAGGGAGAGGACGAUUUAGGGCUAGGCGAGAGACCUGCGGAAGCAGUAGCAUCGUGA